AUGCCUCUCAUCGCUCAGAACCCGAAGCCCAGAGUGAUCCUGGGUCUCAUGACCUUUGGACCUGACGAGGAGGCCGGUGCUCGUAUCACAGACAUCAAGGAAUAUGAGAAGAUCCUUGACUACUUCCAGUCACAGGGCUACAAUGAGGUUGACACCGCUCGCACCUACGUCAGUGGCAAGCAGGAGGCAUUCACCAAGGAGGCUCGUUGGAAAGAGCGUGGCCUGACACUUGCUACUAAAUGGUAUCCUAAGGAGGCUGGCGCUCACAAGGCCGAGGUUAUCACUGAGAAGCUCAACACGAGUUUGAAAGAGCUUGGGACAGACUGCGUAGAUAUCUUCUACUUGCAUGCUGCUGAUCGAAGCGUCCCAUUCACCGAAACCCUCGAAGCCGUGAACAACCUCCACAAGCAAGGCAAAUUCGUACAACUCGGUCUCAGCAACUUCACCGCCUUCGAAGUCGCCGAAGUCGUCAUCACCUGCAAAGAGCGCGGCUGGGUGCGCCCGACCAUCUACCAAGCCAUGUACAACGCCAUCACGCGCUCCAUCGAAGCCGAGCUCGUCCCCGCGUGCCGCCGUUACGGCCUCGACAUUGUCGUCUACAACCCGCUGGCCGGCGGCAUCUUCUCUGGGAAGUACAAGAGUACCGAGGCUCCGGCAGAGGGCCGGUAUAGUGAUCGUAGCGGAACGAUGGGCUCGAUGUACCGCGCGAGAUACUUCAAGGACCAGACGUUUGAGGCGCUGAGGCUCAUACAGCCGGUGGUGGAGAAGCACGACUUGACGCUACUGGAGACUGCGUUUCGGUGGCUGAUGCAUCACUCGGCGCUGAAGAUCAAGGAUGGUAACGAUGGCACCAUUAUUGGGGUAAGCAGCUUCCAGCAGCUCGAGAACAACCUCAAGGAAGUUGAGAAGGGCCCCUUACCUGAUGAGGUGGUCGAGGUGCUGGAUGCGGCGUGGAUGAUUACGAAGGCUACGACGCCGAAUUACUGGCAUUUGGACCUGAAGUAUACGUACGAUACCCAGGAGGCGCUGUUUGGGCCGAGUUCCAAAUAA